AUGGACUGUGGACACUUAGCUGACAGCAGCGAGGAGAUUUCCAGCCCGGGCGCAGAGCCCGAUUCCCUGCUGCCUCCAGCUGCCGGCGGCAAUUCCUGCCCUCCCUUGGUGGGCGGGCAGCGGGCUGGGGCAUCCCCGGGCCGACCCGCGGCCGCCAACGCCGCCCGGGAGCGCAGCCGGGUGCAGACCCUGCGCCACGCCUUCCUGGAGCUGCAGAAGACUCUCCCCUCGGUGCCCCCCGACACCAAGCUCUCCAAGCUGGACGUGCUCCUCCUGGCCACCACCUACAUCGCACACCUCACUCGCAGCCUGCAGGAUGAGGAGGAGUCGCAGGGAGAGGGCUUGGGCACGCUCCGAGGGGAUGGAUACCUCCACCCCGUCAAGAAGUGGCCCAUGCGUUCCAGGUUGUACAUUGGAGCCACGGGACAGUUUCUGACUCACUCGGCACAAGGAGACAGCGCAAACCAUGGGGAAACAUCAACAACUUCACAAAUCUAA